AUGUCGAAAGUGAUCCAGAAGAAGAAUCACUGGACUAGCAGGGUUCACGAAUGCAUCGUGAAGCGGGGGCCCCAGGGCGAGCUUGGGGUGACGGUGCUGGGGGGCGCGGAGAACGGGGAGUUUCCGUAUGUAGGAGCGGUGGCUGCGGCCGAGGCGACGGGUCUUCCCGGCGGCGGCGAGGGCCCGAGGCUGGGCGAAGGGGAACUGCUUCUGGAGGUGCAGGGGAUCCGGGUGGCCGGCUUGCCCCGCUAUGACGUGUUGGGAGUCAUCGACAGCUGCAAGGAGGCGGUCACCUUCAAAGCCGUCAGACAAGGAGGCAGGCUGAACAAGGACCUGAGACAUUUUCUCAAUCAACGCUUUCAGAAAGGGUCUCCUGAUCAUGAGCUCCAGCAGACCAUAAGGGAUAACCUUUAUCGCCAUGCUGUGCCUUGCACAACCCGAUCUCCGAGAGAAGGAGAAGUGCCUGGAGUGGACUAUAACUUUCUUACUGUGAAGGAGUUCUUGGAUCUUGAACAGAGUGGAACGCUUCUGGAAGUUGGCACCUAUGAAGGAAACUAUUAUGGGACACCCAAACCUCCUAGCCAGCCAGUCAGUGGGAAAGUGAUCACGACGGAUGCCUUGCAAAGCCUUCAGUCUGGCUCCAAGCAGUCAACUCCGAAGCGAACCAAGUCUUACAAUGAUAUGCAAAAUGCUGGCAUAGUCCAUGCUGAGAAUGAGGAAGAGGAUGAUGUUCCUGAAAUGAGCAGUAGCUUUACAGCCGAUUCUGGUGACCAAGACGAGCAUACUCUCCAAGAGACAGCGCUACCGCCUGUGAAUAGUAGCAUCAUUGCUGCCCCCAUCACGGACCCUUCUCAGAAGUUCCCUCAAUACCUACCUCUUUCUGCAGAGGAUAAUUUAGGUCCUCUACCUGAAAACUGGGAGAUGGCCUAUACCGAAAAUGGAGAAGUCUAUUUUAUAGACCAUAACACUAAAACCACAUCUUGGCUAGACCCUCGGUGCCUGAACAAGCAGCAGAAGCCUCUGGAAGAGUGUGAAGAUGAUGAAGGGGUACACACCGAGGAGCUGGACAGUGAACUAGAACUGCCUGCUGGUUGGGAAAAGAUUGAAGACCCUGUCUAUGGUAUCUACUAUGUAGACCACAUCAACAGGAAGACGCAAUAUGAGAACCCAGUUCUGGAAGCCAAACGGAAGAAGCAGCUUGAGCAGCAGCAGCAGCAACAACAACAACAACAACAGCAACAGCAACAACCAGAAGAAUGGACAGAAGAUCACUCAUCCCUUGUGCCUCCUGUUCUUCCAAACCACCCCCCAAGCAAUCCGGAGCCAGCCAGAGAAGCUCCACUUCAGGGCAAACCCUUUUUUACACGAAACCCUUCUGAGUUGAAAGGCAAGUUCAUUCACACAAAACUGCGAAAAAGCAGUCGUGGCUUUGGCUUCACAGUCGUUGGAGGCGAUGAACCUGAUGAGUUUCUUCAGAUCAAAAGCUUGGUCCUAGAUGGGCCCGCUGCAUUGGAUGGCAAAAUGGAAACAGGGGAUGUAAUUGUCAGUGUGAACGACACCUGUGUUUUAGGACAUACACAUGCUCAAGUUGUGAAAAUCUUCCAGUCCAUUCCCAUUGGUGCCAGUGUGGACCUUGAACUCUGCCGAGGUUAUCCAUUGCCUUUUGACCCAGAUGACCCCAAUACAAGUUUGGUGACUUCAGUGGCCAUUUUGGAUAAAGAACCAAUUAUUGUGAAUGGGCAAGAAACAUAUGAUUCACCAGCCAGCCACAGUAGUAAAACAGGCAAAGUCAAUAGCACGAAGGAUGCUAGGCCCAGCAGCCCGGCUGAUGUGGCUUCAAAUGGUUCCCAUGGUUACCCCAAUGAUACUGUCUCUUUGGCUUCCUCCAUAGCCACUCAGCCAGAACUCAUAACGGUUCAUAUAGUCAAAGGGCCGAUGGGCUUUGGUUUUACCAUCGCAGACAGUCCUGGUGGUGGUGGCCAAAGAGUGAAACAGAUUGUUGACAGUCCAAGGUGCCGAGGCUUGAAAGAAGGGGAUCUUAUAGUGGAAGUUAAUAAGAAGAAUGUGCAAGCAUUAACUCACAACCAAGUAGUGGAUAUGCUGAUCGAAUGUCCAAAGGGAAGUGAGGUCACGUUGCUGGUGCAAAGAGGAGGGCUGCCAGUUCCAAAGAAGAGCCCAAAGUCGCAACCACUGGAAAGGAAAGACAGCCAGAAUAGUUCUCAGCACAGUGUUUCCAGCCACCGAAGUCUGCACACAGCAUCCCCAAGCCACAGCACACAGGUGCUUCCCGAGUACUCACCUGCAGAGGCCCCAGCUGCAGAUCAGACUGACAGCUCUGGGCAGAAAAAACCAGAUCCUUUCAAAAUCUGGGCCCAGUCCAGGAGCAUGUAUGAAAACCGACCUAUGUCACCUUCGCCUGCAUCGGGAUUGAGCAAGGGUGAAAGAGAGAGAGAAAUCAAUUCCACGAACUUUGGAGAAUGUCAGAUUCCAGAUUACCAAGAACAAGACAUCUUCCUAUGGAGAAAAGAGACUGGAUUUGGAUUUAGGAUUCUUGGUGGAAAUGAACCAGGGGAACCUAUUUAUAUCGGUCACAUUGUACCGCUGGGUGCUGCUGAUACGGACGGCCGCCUGAGGUCUGGAGAUGAAUUAAUCUGUGUCGAUGGGACACCAGUAAUUGGAAAAUCACACCAGCUUGUGGUCCAGCUUAUGCAACAAGCUGCCAAGCAGGGCCACGUCAAUCUCACAGUGCGGCGUAAAGUCAUGUUUGCAGUCCCCAAACCAGAGAAUGAGGUGCCCUCACCAGCCUCAUCUCAUCACAGUAGCAACCAGCCAGCCUCCCUGACUGAAGAGAAACGUACUCCACAGGGAAGCCAGAAUUCUUUGAACACCGUGAGCUCAGGCAGCGGCAGCACCAGUGGGAUUGGCAGUGGAGGGGGCGGUGGCAGCGGUGUGGUGAGCACAGUGGUGCAACCCUACGAUGUGGAGAUCCGCCGUGGGGAGAAUGAGGGCUUUGGCUUUGUCAUCGUGUCUUCCGUGAGCAGGCCUGAAGCAGGCACGACUUUUGGCAAUGCAUGUGUGGCUAUGCCUCACAAAAUAGGUCGGAUUAUUGAGGGGAGCCCUGCUGACCGCUGUGGCAAGCUGAAAGUAGGAGACCGGAUCUUGGCGGUAAAUGGAUGUUCCAUCACCAACAAAUCUCAUUCAGACAUUGUCAACCUAAUCAAGGAAGCGGGAAACACAGUUACCCUCCGCAUCAUUCCUGGGGAUGAGUCCUCAAAUGCUACUUUGCUGACCAAUGCAGAGAAGAUCGCCACCAUCACCACCACACAUACCCCUUCUCAACAAGGGGCCCAGGACACAAGGAACACCACCAAGCCAAAGCAGGAAUCUCAAUUUGAGUUCAAAGCAUCGCAGGCAACACAGGAGCAAGAUUUUUACACUGUGGAAUUGGAAAGAGGAGCCAAGGGAUUUGGCUUUAGUCUUCGAGGGGGCCGAGAGUAUAACAUGGACCUCUAUGUUCUGCGCUUAGCAGAGGAUGGUCCUGCAGAAAGGUGUGGAAAGAUGAGGAUUGGUGAUGAAAUUUUGGAAAUUAACGGAGAAACCACCAAAAACAUGAAGCAUUCUCGGGCUAUAGAACUGAUUAAGAAUGGUGGCCGCAGAGUGCGUCUGUUUCUGAAGCGGGGAGACGGCUCAGUACCAGAAUAUGCGAUGAUCCCUCCUAAUAUCGCUGCAUGUAUGAGAAAUGAAAAGCACGGGGAGGCUUGCUUCUACCUUAUGGGCCAUAAUCAAACUACGACCCCAGCAGCGACCAGCACGGCACCCCCACCAGUCCACAAGGUGUUCCGGAAAUGAGAGCUGGGCCAUCUAACCGCCGGCAGCAUCCAUCAUUGGAGUCCAGUUACCCACCCGAUCUUCACAAAUCAUUGCAACAUGGGGAAAAGCGGGCAUAUGUGAAAGACCCAAAAGGCAGCAGAGAACACAGCAGACAGCCCAAUGAACACCACACGUGGAAUGGAACUUCUAAGAAACCCGACACGGGGGCAUGCCGACCCAAGGACCGGGCACCAGAGGGAAGAAGAGAAACACCGCCUGAGAGGAUGGUGGCCAAUGGACCCAAGCGGAAGUCUCCAGAGAAGUGGAGGGAAGGCACCCGGAGUGCUGACAAUACUUUGGAAAGGAGGGAGAAGCAUGAGAAAAGAAGAGAAGUUUCCCCUGAGAGGAGGCGAGAACGGUCACCGACUCGCCGAAGAGACGGUUCGCCCAGCCAUCGGAGGAGGUCUCUUGAAAGACUCUUGGAUCAAAGGAGAUCUCCAGAACAUAGGAGAGUGGGGUCGCCUGAAAGAAGAGCAAAAUCUACUGACCGGAGGCGAGCAAAGUCUCCCGAGAGAAGGAGAGAGCGGUCACUUGAGAAAAGGAACAGAGAGGACAAAGUCAGCCACCGAGAGAGGGAAGAGGCAAGUCUGAAACAAGAUGCUAGCAAAAGUUCCAGACAUCCUCCAGAGCAGAGACGGCGACCUUACAAAGAAUGUAGCACCGACCUCAGUAUCUGA